AUGAAGCUGCUUAUAGCGUUAGCGGUGUGCUUCGUAGCUAGCGUAGCCGCCAGGCAAUACUGUUAUGACGGCGAUCAUUUCGGCUACUGCCCCGACCUGAACACCACAGCAGGCGGACAGUGGUUCUUUCCAACCAGAAAAAUCGCACGUUUUGGCUGCGAUGACGGCAAAUACUUGGACAACCCGAAGACUCUGGGCUGUGUGCGUGACGUCCAAGGUGAAGAUGGCUGCUCCUGGAAUGACACUAUGACUGACAUGUGUAAAGAUUUCAGCGGCUAUGAGGGCUGUUACAGAGACUACUAUGGCCUAAUGACCAGAGCAGCUGAAAGGACGUGGUCAGACAGUCUCCACAUGACAGUACCUAGAUGUAUAUCUUUCUGCUCCAAGUACGGCCUUGACCUUGCUAUGCUGAGAGACAACAACGAGUGUUUCUGCCACAAAGAAGGCAUCAAAUAUAAACAGUUCGGCAACUCCACGUCAUGCACGAACAGAUGUAGCGGAGACAAGUCUCAGGUCUGUGGAGGUGACAGAGUCCUGUCCAUAUACAGCAGUGAGUAUACAGUUUGUCCGUAG